GUGGCCCUGCGGGCUUAUGGGAAAUGUAGUCCCGAAGUUUGACGGACCACCCCUCGGAGGACCCUGGGACGGCGUGCAGCCCCUUACAUCUGCGCAUGCGCACUGCUGCGAGCGCGCCGGUGGCCGCCCUUCCCCCACCUGCAGCCGCGAGUGGGUGACAGGGCCCCGGUCUCCGCACCUUGACCCAGCCUGGCCCUGCGCCACGAGCGGAGGCUGUGCCCCUCCAGUUCUGCCUUCAUAGUUCUCUGCCUUUAUCCAGAAGCUGCAGAAAAUGAACAAAUCCCAGCAAGGUGUGUGGGGUCUUAGCUCCCCAAUCAGGGGUCGCACCGCACCCCUGCACUGGAAGCCGAAAUCUUAACCACUGGACCUCCUGGGAAGUCUUAGCGAACGUGACAUCUUAAGUGAACUACUCACCAGUGUAAAACCAAAAUUAAAUUCAGAAACAGAGACACGCCUGCUGCAUUCCCUUAGACCUCACUGAUCCCGGCGGGUGUCACAUCCCUGGAGCCACAGUGGGCUCGGGCCCCAAGGCUGGACUGUCUGUGGCUGAGCGCCCCCCGCCCCCGACCUGUAGUACCAAGAGCGCCCCGAGACCUGCAGCUUCACACGUUAGGAGCUUCGUGUUUGUCCCCGCACCGAACAUAGCUCGGGCACAUAUUCUGUGCUUACGGAUCUUUCAAGUGAUACAGAAGUGAGACCCUUCUCCUGAGGUCACAGGUGUGUGGACAGGAGGAAGAGGCUCAGAUGAAAAAGGAAAGAGUGAAGUUUGGGGGAACUCUGGAGAGGGAGGGCACUAGCCCAUCCUUCAAACAGCACCCGAUCUUCCGCACGCCCUGUCACAGCCACACGCUCCAUGUUCCAGGUCCUCUCACACAGGCCUCCGGCUGUCAGCCCAGGACUCAAGCAGGAUCAGUUUCAUUCACCGAUGUGACUGUGGACUUCACCCAGGAGGAAUGGGAGCAACUGGACCCCUCUCAGAGGAUCCUCUACAUGGACGUGAUGCUGGAGAAUUACAGCAACUUACUGUCAGUGGAGGUAUGGAAGGCUGAUGACCAGAUGGAGACGGACCACAGAAGCCCAGAUGAGCAGGCGAGACCGCUUGUAAUCUUUAAGGACCAAACCACAAUCGAAGAAAGAGAUAAUAAUCUCUUUGGAAAAACAUUUAACCUUAGUGCAGACUUUGUUUCUUUAAGACAAGUACCCUAUAAAUAUGACUUAUAUGAAAAAACUUUGAGAUAUAAUUCAGACUUACUUACUAGCAAUAGGAACUAUAUAAGAAAGAAAGCAGAUGACUGUAAUGGAUUUGGAAAAGCACUCUUCUAUCUGAAACAAGAGAAAACCCAUCCUGCAGUGGAAUACUCGGAAUAUAAUAAAAGUGGGAAAGCCUUCAGCCAUAAAGAAGCCAUUUUUAAACACCAGAAAAUUAGGAACUUGGUGCAGCCGUUUAUCUGUAAUUAUUGUGACAAGGCUUUCUCGUUUAAAUCGCUCCUCAUUAGUCAUAAAAGAAUACAUACUGGAGAAAAGCCUUACGAAUGUAAUGUGUGUAAGAAAACCUUCUCCCAUAAAGCAAACCUCAUUAAACAUCAGAGAAUUCAUACUGGGGAGAAACCCUUUGAAUGUCUGGAAUGUGGAAAAGCAUUCACCCAUCAGUCAAACCUCAUUGUACACCAGAGAGCACAUAUGGAGAAGAAGCCCUAUGAAUGCAGCGAGUGCGGCAAGACAUUUGCCCAGAAAUUUGAACUUACCACACACCAGAGAAUUCAUACUGGAGAACGACCCUAUGAGUGUAAUGAAUGCGCAAAAACCUUCUUCAAGAAAUCCAAUCUCAUUAUACACCAGAAAAUUCACACAGGGGAGAAACGCUAUGAGUGCAGUGAAUGUGGAAAAUCCUUUAUCCAGAACUCACAACUCAUUAUACACAUGAGAACUCACACUGGAGAAAAACCCUAUGAAUGCACUGAGUGCGGAAAAACUUUCAGCCAGAGGUCAACUCUUAGAUUACAUUUGCGAAUCCACACGGGAGAGAAACCGUAUGAGUGUGCUGAGUGUGGGAAAGCCUUCAGCAGGAAGUCCCGACUCAGUGUCCAUCAGAGAGUUCACACUGGGGACAGACCCUGACACUGCAGCCCACCUGUGCCAAGGAGAACCCGUCCCACGGCGAGGAACCUCACCAAGGUGCUGAAGGAGCAUGGGAACUCUUACUGCAAUCUGUCAACUCAAAUGUGUAAAAACGGGGUCCCCUAAGAACAAUAUUGUACCAACAGUUAGGUAUGAUACCCAGGUAAACAAUAUGUACUAGAAUACAUCCAACUGUAAAUAGACAAACUCACCUGUAUUACAGUGAGCUUUUAGAAAUCCUGAGUGAAUUAUUCAGUAAUGAAGUAUUCUGGGCCGCAUAAAGGAGCUAAAGACAGUACUCUACGGAUUCAGUGGUUAUGUGCAAGAAUAUGCCACACACACACAAAAAAAAUGAUGUAUUUUAGAUCUGCACAUGUAAAUUUAACAGACACUGAGAGUUUGACAUUCUUUUCCUAAUAAUUAGGACAUCCAAACACAAUUUUCCAUCCUGAGCGUCACGUAUUUUUCAGUACCUUACAAUCCAGGAUGCAUUCCAGAGAGCACACGUUAUCUCCUUGUGGGCACACUGUUACUGAGUUGCCUCGUCAGUCAACAGAAGACAGUUUAGCCUUCUGGGUUUGCUGAAGACUUCCCAGAAGUAUUACUGACACAUAAGUAGGCAAGUGUGAGAUAACUGGGAAACUGAAGAGUGAAAAGGAGGCAGUGUGCGGCACGGAGCACGGGCUGUAAAGAAAGCCGCACGGGUCGUGUGCCUGUGUUUCACUGGGGUGUUUACGUACAAAUGCAUGUCUUACCAAAAUGCUGUAUAACCCAGGAACCACUUGUAUUUUUCUGUGUUUCCCUAUUUCUCUUAAUAUUUUAUACAUUGUCUUGCAACAAAUAGGAUGCGUGUGUAGUUCAAGUGUCACAUUUCAGAGACUUAGAGAAAUAAUUUAUUCUAAGUAACUGUCAAUAAAUGUCAUAUUGCUUUUUAAAACCUCCAUAUGCAUAGUCCACUUUAGAAAUAAACUUCUGCAGAAUUCUACUUAAAGGAGAUAAUUCUGCUUCCAUGAGUCUGUCAUCAACCAAAAGCAUUUCCCUAUGGAAUCUGACUUAUGUAAGUUAUCUUUCUUUUAAAGACUCACAAACACUUUAUUAACCUAAAAAAUUUCUUAUUUUUGCAUAACUCAGAUACCAUUUUAGGCCUCAUUUCAAAUACACAAGUUCCUUUCCUUAUUCAUCACAGAUCAUGUGUUGAUUCAGCAAAUGGCUGCUGUAACUGGCCUUUCUUUCUUGUUAUUUUUGGUGAUGUGCUGUGACUGUAUAUGAACAUGAGUGAUUUUCUGAACAAAUCUGUCAGCAUAUCCAUAGUCCAGUAAGUCUUGUCUUUCUAAACUGUCAUCUAAUGGCAAGGAAGCCGCGGAAGAGGGUCACUUCAUACACUGCUGUUAGAAAUAUAAAUUGUGACAGCCUCCUUGGAGAUAAUUAUGACUCUGUCUUUUAACAUCAAGAACAUACAUCCCGUUGACCCUUGGACAGCACUGGUUUAAAAUGUGCAGGUCCGUUUAUCCACAGAUUUUUUUCAGUGAGUAUGUACUCCAGUCCUCUGUUGGUUGAAUCUGUGGAUGCAGAACCUUGAAUACAAAGGACCGACUUAAGUUAUACUUGGGAUUUCAACUACACUGAAGGUCUGUGCCUUUAUCCCCUGUUGUUCAAGGGCCAACCCAGCAGACUUGCUUUUGGGAAUCCAUCCCUAAGAAAAAAAGUGCCAGCACCUUAAACUGUAUAUUUAUCAAUGUAUAUUGUAUUUUUUGGUAAGGACAAAAAAAGGAAACAAUAUGAAUGACCAUUGGUAAGAAAAUCAUUGAACAAACUAUGGUAAAGAUGUACCACAGCUAGAACGUAAUCCAUGGAAAAGAGCGUGCAGGGGCAAAUGCCACCAGGACAGAUGGGGUGGGGGACUGUGUGUGUGCGUGUGUGUACACCAGGACAGAUGGGGUGGGGAGAGUGUGUGUGUGUGUGUGUGUGUGCACAGCAAAUUUUGUAAAAUUAAAAUCUAAAAACUGUGUUAAUUUGUAUAGCAUUUUACAGGUCUGGAGAAUAGAAUUCUCUGAAGUAAAAAUGGAGGUUUUUCAUGCAUUCCUUGGUCGCUGACAUUUGUUUAUGGUGGAACACCACCAUAACCCAUGAAAGUGGACACGGUCCACAGCACAACAAGGAGGAUAGCUCCGUCACCCUGGGCAGCAGCCAGCUGCUGUGCUGUGCCCUUAGCCUGUGUUCCCAACAAGAGCGCAUAUCUGACAGUCACUGCUCACAUGAUGGAACCUUAAAAAAAGGCUAAUAAAGACAGAAAAACCAUUGGAAAAAGUGCAGGGAAUGCCAAGGUUAUUACUACUAUAAAUUAGCAAAUUAUACUGCUUUGAGAAAGUUCAACAUAACCGCCUUUAUAGCUGCACAGAUGACCAAAAGGGUGACUGUCCUUCCAUGAGCUGUUUGCUCCCAAGGCCCUAGAAAUCCAGAUGAGAGCUCAUCAUGUCUUCUUUUCUAAGUGCCCUGGGAUUCUCAUACAGCGGACUGGUUUUAGAGGAACCUCCUCCUAAAGAUGAGUUCUUUGCCUGGACAUAGGGCUGUGUGCACCAACCUCAGAGCAGGCUGGGAGCAGGGGCUGUCUUUUCACUGGUGAGCUGCAGGCCAAGAGGGACAGACAGUUUGCACAACAAACUACUGUCUUGACUCCAAGACCCACAUCCACAUACCUGGCCCUGUGACCUUUACUCCACUGAUUUUAAUUAGACAUUUGUUUUCCACUUCCACAGAUACCUUUUUCCUAACUAGAGUGCUUAAGUAUUUUAACUUUUCCACAUUGUUUCAUGCUCUGUAAAUCCAAAGUUGGAAUCCUCUUCAUGGUAUAAAGCUGGCCUGGCUGAGUGGAAUUGGCCUCACUCUCCUGUUGGCCUCAGGACUGGUCAGACGGGGACAGAGCUUAGCAACUCUGAGAUGUGAGACCAGGGUCCUGAGGCCCCAGGAGGCUCGGCUCGGUGUGGUGU